GAACUGAGCAGCAUGGCGGCCUCCGGAGAGGAUGAACGAUUUGAUGCAAUGUUGUUGGCUAUGGCCCAGCAACAUGAAGGAGGAGUGCAAGAGUUGGUAAACACAUUCUUCAGUUUUCUGAGGCGCAAGACUGACUUCUUUGUUGGAGGAGAAAAUGCUGCAGCUGAAAAGCUCAUCACCCAGGCCUUCAACCACCACAAUAAACUAGCUUUAGCAGCUCAGAAACAGAAGGAUGCUGAUCGUCUGGAGAGAGAGGCUGUGAGGCAAGAACGGGAAGCCAAGAAAAAAGAAACGGAAGCUGGAGAGUCCAGAAUCACAGAGCUCACUGAUGAGGAAGCAGAGAGACUACAAAAAGAAAUUGAUAAGAACAAAGAGAAAGAGAAGGCAACUAGAGAGACAGAGGAGAAACCAGAGCCUGAGAAGGAUGGAGAGGAAGAAAAGGAGGAGGAGGAAGAAGAUGAUGAGAAAGAUAAAGGAAAGCUCAAACCAAAUUCAGGAAAUGGAGCCAACCUUCCUCAUUACCGCUGGACACAAACCCUCUCUGAGGUUGAUCUGGUUGUGCCAUUCCCAGUUUCUUUCCGGCUCAAAGGGAAGGAUGUGCAAGUGGAUAUCAAACGACACAGACUGACGAUUGGGCUUCGGGGACAAAAGCCAGUUUUAGAUGGUGAACUGUUUAAUGACAUUAAAGUUGAGGAAUGCUCAUGGCUAAUAGAGGAUGGAAAAGUGGUAACAGUGCACCUGGAAAAGAUCAAUACAAUGGAGUGGUGGAGCCGCGUUGUCUUAACAGAUCCUGAAAUUAAUACUAAGAAAAUAAAUCCAGAGAACUCCAAGCUUUCUGAUCUAGACGGUGAGACCCGCAGUAUGGUGGAAAAGAUGAUGUAUGACCAAAGGCAAAAAUCUAUGGGGCUUCCAACUUCAGAUGAGCAGAAAAAACAAGAUAUACUGAAAAAGUUCAUGGAACAGCACCCAGAAAUGGACUUCUCCAAAGCAAAGUUUAGUUGA